GCUGUUUGGCGGAUAGUUUGAUAAGAGGCGGUAGAAGAAGGUGAGGAAAAUAGUGGAAAAUGGUGAUGUUGAGGUGCAUUAUCAGCUUCAGAAGGAGCUUCUUGAAGUCAGCAAUCAGGAAUUGCAGAAGAAAUGCCUCAAGUGCCUCAAAUGUUCCUCAAUUCAUGGAAUUCCACAAGGAUUGGCCAGAAAGAGACUACAGUGACUUCCUAAGACACAUGACAAUCAUCCCUGACUUCCUCUCUCGCGAGGAAGUCAGUAAAUUCCUCGAAGAAAUCGAGCCUUAUCUCCAAAGGAUGCGCUAUGAAUUCGAUCAUUGGGAUGACGCGAUUCACGGUUUCAGGGAGACGGAGAGACAGCACUGGUAUCCGUACAACAAGGCGACCAUUGAGAGAAUCCGCAAUUUGGCGUUCAAAGACGAGGCUCUGCCUCACGUUCACAUCCUGGAUCUCGCAGAAGAGGGCGUGAUCAAGCCUCACGUGGACAGUGUUAGGUAUUGCGGCUCCACAAUCGCCGGCGUUAGUCUUCUGUCGGACAGCGUGAUGCGCCUGGUGAGGAUAGAUGAGAAGAAGUACCAGCAAAAUGCAGAGAGUGAUUACAGGAAACAGCCGGACAAGUCUGCCGAGAACUCCACGGAUCCUGGGUACUUUGUGAAUAUCCUCCUGCCCAAGAGAUCGCUCUACAUCAUGAGGAAAAGCGCAAGAUACAACUUCACUCACGAGAUUCUGGGCAACAAGGACUCAUUUUUCGAGGGAAAAGCAGUGAAGAAGUACAGAAGGAUUUCCAUAGUGUGCAGAAAUAAGCCUGAAUCACAAUAAAAAUGUGUAUUUUUAGAGAAGGAAAAUUCCCAGCGUGGCCUAAAAUCACACUUUUUCUGGGUUUAUCAGUCACGA